UCCCACCCCGUGUCUGCUGCAGAUGCCAAGAUUGUCCCGGUUGCUCCCAUGUCUGAUCGUAGCGGCCAGCGGCAAUGCCGCCGAGGCGUCUCGGGCGACGUGGAGCUCGACGCGGCCAUGGCACUGGCCAACAUGGCCGGCGUUUCGGGGCCAGCAGCUCUUCCCGCCGUGCACCCGGCGGCGCCGCAGCAUGGAGGCAGCCGUGAGGAGGAAGAGGAGCUGGCGAGCACGAGGCUGAGCCUGGAGCUGGGCAAGGUCGGCAUCCAGGCGUCGUCGUGCUCCAGCGGCUCCAGCGCCGGGUGUCCUUCGCGGCAGACGCGGGUGCCCGUGGCGGCUCCAGGUGGAGGCGGCUACGGCCCAAGGCCCCGGCACACGCUCACCGAGGCUGAGAAGGAGGCAAAGCGGCUGCGGCGCGUGCUCGCGAACCGGGAGUCUGCGCGCCAAACCAUACUCCGCCGUCAGGCGGUCCGAGACGAACUGGCGAGGAAAGUUGCGGACUUGUCGUCACAAAACGAGAGCAUGAAGAAGGAGAAGGAGACGGUGAUGCAAGAGUAUCUCACACUCCAGGAGACGAACAAACAGCUGAAAGAACAGGCACGACAUCAUCUGCCGCUUCCAUUAUUUUAAUAGUGAUCUUUAUUAGUACGUAAUUACUAGUGUCAGGGCAGAGAGAAUCUAGCAUGUUCGGAGCCUCCAGUUGUUCCCCUGAAAGCGAGCCACAUGACUGCACUUUAUACUAUUGUAGUACCCCAGUCCAGUAGUAGUCGCUAGCUAGGCCAUCAAACAGUCAUCGGAAACACAAGUCAUAGUCGAAUUGGAACCCAAGUACCGAACUGGAGACACGUAGUUCUUGAUGCCAUAUGUAUGGAUAAAACGACAUCCGUGUUUUCUAUAUUUGGCUUUCUGCCAAGAUUGCUUUCUUCUUUAAUUUGUGGCCCAAAGUUGCCGCACACGCUUCUGCUCUUCUACUGCUCAUGCCCAAGACUCAAAGAGACGUAUUUGUGGCCCUUCUUGUUGCAAACCUUACGCAUGAAAGGGUUUUCACCAAAAUGGUGCCGCUGGGUAGAGAGCUUUGUCUCUGGCGGUAGUGUGGCCAUAAAAGUUAAUGAAGACGUUGGCAACUAUUUUCAGACAAGGAAGGGGCUUCGCCAAGGCGACCCCGCGUCUCCUAUUCUGUUUAACAUUGUGGCCGACAUGCUAGCUACCCUAGUGGAGCGGGCCAAGCUG